AGACCAAAAAGAUAGACAACAAAUUAUAACCAACAGCUGAGCGUCAAAAACUCACUGACAAAUUAAUAUUGUAAUUUAUAUUUUUAUAUUAUGGGCGACGAAAAUUUAAAUUCUAGUAUAAAAUGUGAAACACGUAGGUAUAAUGUUAUAAUAAUUGGCGGUGGAAUGGCUGGUCUUGCCGCUGCAAAUUACUUUGUUAAAAAUGGUAUGGAGGACUUUAUUAUACUUGAAGCUAGGAAUCGUAUCGGCGGAAGAAUAAUUUCAAUACCAAUGAAAAACCACAAAGUUGAACUGGGUGCAAAUUGGAUCCAUGGGGUUUUGGGUAAUCCAAUAUUUGAAAUCGCUACUGCCAAUGGACUUGUAAACAUUAUUAACAUACCUAAGCCACAUAAAGUUAUAGCAGCUACUGAGGAUGGAAAACAAGUGCCUUUUGGUGUUCUACAAGAAAUACACGAAGCAUACGUUUGUUUUCUUAGACGGUGCGAAGAAUAUUUUUUGUGCCAAUACCUACCACCACCUGACAUCAAUAGUGUAGGAGAGCAUAUAAAUCUCGAAGCCACCAUAUACCUCGAGCGUCUGCCAUCGUCGGAAGAAAAGAAAUUGAGGCGCUUAAUAUUCGACUGUCUAUUGAAGCGGGAAACCUGCAUAUCUGGGUGUAAUAAUAUGGAUGACAUUGACCUUUUAGAACUAGGCAGUUAUACAGAAUUACAAGGAGGGAACAUAAUGAUUCCAUCAGGUUAUAGUGCUAUUUUGGAGCCUUUGAAAAAACUGAUAGCUCCAGAAAAAAUAUUGAGCAAUCAUCCAGUAAAAAAGGUCAUCUGGGAUUCUGAACAGCACACCUCAACUAGACAACUAGAUGAUAUGGGUGAGGAAUCAGAGGAUUCAGAUCAAACAGUGAUUGAAGACAUUUCAAGAGCAAAUUCGGUUAACACAAAUAAUCCCGAAGUGACUGCACCACUUACAGAAACACCUCAGAAACCAAAGAAAAAGUUAUUCCAUAGUGUAGAGGUUAUUUGUGAAAAUGGUCAAAGUUUUUAUGCAAAUCAUGUCAUAUGUACAAUUCCUUUGGGUGUUUUAAAAGAUAAUGCAAAUACAAUGUUUGAGCCUGCAUUACCACGGUAUAAAAUGGAAUCUUUAGAUAGACUGCUUUUUAGUGCAGUUGAUAAAAUAUUUUUAGAAUAUGAAAGACCAUUUUUAAAUCCUGAUAUAACGGAAAUUAUGCUUCUUUGGGAAACACCUUCAUGUCCAGAAGACCUAGCACAAUCAUGGUAUAAGAAAAUUUAUUCUUUUAGUAAAGUAACAGAAACAUUGCUACUUGGCUGGGUAUCCGGUAAAGAAGCUGAGUAUAUGGAAACACUCUCUAUGGAUGAAGUAGCCGUUACAUGCACAAAAAUUUUACGCAAGUUUUUGAAUGAUCCUUUUAUACCAGAGCCACAAACAUGCGUUUGCACAAGUUGGAAGAAGCAGCCUUACACAAGGGGGUCAUACACAGCAAUUGCUGUUGGUGCUAGUCAAAGUGAUAUUGAAAGUUUGGCACAACCAUUAUUUAAAAAUGUUCAUGAUAAAAAGCCGACAUUGCUUUUUGCGGGUGAGCAUACACACAGUAGUUUCUAUUCUACAGUCCAUGGCGCAUAUUUAUCAGGUCAGACGGCAGCUCGUCGUUUAUUAGCUCCAGACGAUACCCCGGAGAGCACAUUGGAUUGUCCUGGAACAGCUGACUUGAACACGUGGAUACAAGGCGUACAAUUAGGAUAAAUAUUAUUGUUUGAUUUGUUUGUAUGUUGAAAGUUGUGAAUGAAAUUGAUCCAUAGGAUCUGUUUUUUUUGUUUCUUUACAAGAUAAAGUGAUAUUCUAGGCAGUUUUUAACUGCUAUACUAAAUGCACUUACAAUUUUUAUUAUUUAUUAUAAUUGUUGUUUAAUGGCCUACUGUUUAAAUACCAUAGAGCCAAAGAUUUUGUGAUUUUGUUCCUAUAUUUGUUUAUUGCAGCAACAUUCAUGAAUUGACAUGCAUU